AUGUCCGCCCUCCAGGCCAUCCACAUCCGCGGCUACGACGAACGCAGCCAGCCCAAGCCCCACGUCGUCUACCGUAUUGAAAUACAGGCUUCCGUCCGUUCAUGGCAGAUGUGGCGGCGAUACUCCGAAUUCGUCGACCUUCAUAUCGAGCUCGCAAAGUCAAUCGGUGCACCCCCGCCUGCUGAGCUCCCGCCGAAGCGUGCCUUCUCUAUAUUCAAGGGUCUCCGCGACCCACAUUUACUCGAGGAGCGUCGUGAGGGGCUUGAGCUCUACCUUCGUGCGAUCCUCAGCGCGAGAGACGACCGAUGGCGCGAGAGCUUCGCUUUCCGUGACUUCCUCGGCAUCCCGGUUGGGAAGCAUAAUGGCAUUGACAAUGGCGCGCCUUCUCAGUUCACCUCUGCCUCUUGGCUGGACGAGCAUCAGGAACUUCAGGCACGAAUACGAGACGUGCGUGCAGACAUUAACAAGCGCGAUGCCCUCUCGGACCGUGGUGACAUAUCUGCAUCACAUCAAUCGAACGUACAGGCCAAGAAGAAGCUCGCAGGCAUUCUCACGAGGAUCGGAGUUUUGGAGGAUGGGCUGCGGACCUUGGGCAUGAGUGGGAUGAGCGAGGGCGAGCUGCAACGGCGGAAUGACAUGGUUGCUCGCCUACGAGACGACUGCGAGAAGCUGGCCAAGAUGGUCACCGUCGCACGAAUGACCGCCCGCGGACUAGGCUCCUCUGCAGAGCGGAAUCCUGCUGCCCCGUCAGACCGAGCUGCACUGGUGGGGACCUCGUCCUUAACAGGGUUCAGCAAGCCAGCCACACGAGUCUUCGGGACGGCUGCACCGCCAAGGGAGACGGACCGUACACGACCUCUCGAUGACCAUGGGCUGGUACAAUUGCAGGAGACGCAGAUGGCUGAGCAGGACCAACAGCUCGCGCAGCUGACAACGAUUCUGCAACGCCAAAGGCACCUUGGCCUGGCUAUUAGCGACGAGGUUGCGAGGCAGAUCGAGGACCUCGAUGAUCUUACGAACAACAUUGACAGGGUAGGCGGGAAACUCAGUAAUGCGAAGAAGCAGCUGAACAGACUGGGAUGA